CCGAGUCCCAGAGGCUUCUGGGUAGCGGUUUACCCCCGCCCCCUGCGUCUGCGCCUUCCUUUCCCUCCCUGCCGCCGCCGAGGUCGCACGCGUGAGGCCUCUCCGCCGCCGAGAUGCGCUACGUGGCUUCCUACCUGCUGGCUGCCCUCGGGGGCAACUCCUCCCCCAGCGCCAAGGACAUCAAGAAGAUCCUGGACAGCGUCGGCAUCGAGGCGGACGACGACCGGCUCAACAAGGUCAUCAGUGAGCUGAAUGGGAAAAACAUUGAAGAUGUCAUUGCCCAGGGUAUUGGCAAGCUUGCCAGCGUGCCCGCUGGUGGGGCUGUGGCCGUCUCUGCUGCCCCAGGUGCUGCAGCUCCUGCUGCUGGUUCCGCCCCCGCUGCAGCAGAGGAAAAGAAAGACGAGAAGAAGGAGGAGUCCGAAGAAUCAGAUGACGACAUGGGAUUUGGCCUAUUUGAUUAAAUUCCUGCUCCCCUGCAAAUAAAGCCUUUUUAUGUAUCC